AUGUCAUCGUCCGACCGUUUGGGACAGUAUCCCCAGGGUUCCGCCCUGUCCAUAUCGCCGGCCACCGUCAGCGGACUGGAUCAGCUGAGGGAUGGACGACUGAACAAGGAAAUGGCUUUCUCUAUCGAAGAAAGACAAGCCCUGGGCAUUCAUGGGUUGUUGCCACCACGUGUUAAGACACAAGAAGAGCAAGUUAAACAUGCCUUGGCCAACAUCGAACGUUUUAGUGACGACCUGAAUAAAUACAUUUACCUAAUGGGUUUACAAGAGAGAAACGAAAAACUUUUCUACAGGGUAAUGGCUGAGAACGUAGAAGCAUUCAUGCCGCUCGUUUACACCCCAACCGUUGGAUUGGCGUGUCAAAAGUAUGGCCUUAUUUUCCAGAAACCCAGAGGACUAUUCAUAUCCAUCCAUGACGCCGGUCAUGUUUAUGAUAUACUGAAGAACUGGCCUGAACAAGAUGUUAGAGCUAUUGUUGUCACUGAUGGUGAGAGAAUUUUAGGGCUUGGUGAUCUUGGUGUUUACGGAAUGGGUAUUCCUGUUGGAAAAUUAGCUUUAUACACUGCUUUAGCUGGCAUCAAACCACACCAAUGCCUUCCAGUCACACUAGAUUGUGGAACAAAUACUCAACUACUGUUGGACGAUCCUGAUUAUGUUGGGUUUAGACAAAAACGUGUCACUGGUCAGCAGUACGAUGAUUUCAUUGAUGAAUUUAUGCAAGCUGCUGUGAAACGUUAUGGACAAAAUUGUCUAAUUCAAUUUGAAGACUUUGGAAAUUCUAAUGCUUUCCGAUUUUUGGACAAAUACCGUAACAAAUAUUGCACAUUUAACGAUGACAUUCAAGGAACUGCUUCUGUAGCAUUAGCUGGUCUUUUUGCUUCUCUCCGGAUCACUAAAACCAGAUUAUCCGACAAUGUGAUUUUAUUCCAAGGCGCUGGAGAGGCAGCCUUAGGAAUUGCUGAACUAUGUGUGAUGGCCAUGCUUAAGGAAGGUACAUCUUUGGAAGAAGCAAGAUCAAAAAUUUGGCUGUUUGAUUCCAAAGGUCUUGUAGUGAAAGACCGUCCUGAGGGCGGAGUAACUGGACAUAAAGUGGAGUAUGUCAAAAAUGUAGCUCCUAUCAAAGUACUUGCUGAAGCCAUCAGGAAAGUUAAACCUACAGUACUCAUUGGUGCUGCUGCUAUUGGUGGAGUAUUUACAAAAGAAAUUAUACAGGAAAUAUCGUCAUACAAUGAUCAUCCAGUCAUCUUUGCCUUGAGCAACCCGACCAGCAAAGCUGAAUGUACUGCUGAACAAGCGUACACUCAUUCAGAUGGCAAAGCCAUAUUUGCUAGUGGUUCACCGUUCAACCCGGUCACUUACAAGUCGAAAACUUACUACCCAGGCCAAGGAAACAAUUCAUAUAUUUUCCCUGGAGUAGCACUUGGAGUUAUUUGUGCUGGAAUCAAGACAAUAUCUGAAGAAGUUUUCAUCAUUGCUGCUCAAACAUUAGCGGCACUUGUGACUGAAGAAGAUUUAGAAAACGGCAGUCUAUACCCACCACUACAGUCCAUACAAGAGUGCUCUUUGAAAAUCGCCGACAAAGUAAUUGAUUACGCAUAUAAAACUGGUGUGGCCAGUACGUUCCCUGAACCAGAAGACAAAAUCGAAUUUAUCAAAGCUCAGCUAUACGAUUACAGUUAUUCCUCAGCGUUGCCACCAUUGUAUGCUUGGCCGAAACAAUAA